AUGGCACAGUUAUUACGGAAAAUAGGGACAAGUAUAUUUCCAAGAAAGUCAUUCCUUGCAAACUCGAAACAUCUUGGAUAUUCGGUGAAUUUCAAUUUAAGAAGGUCUUUUCAAACUUCUUUAUCACUUCAAAAGUUAGUGACAUUCAAUCUCAGCGAUAUAGGAGAAGGUAUUCAUGAAGUAUCAGUUAAAGAAUGGUUUGUUGAAGUCGGACAAGUAGUUUCUCAAUUCGAUAACAUCUGUGAAGUGCAAUCAGACAAAGCGUCAGUAACAAUUACAUCUCGAUAUGAUGGAAGGAUAAUGAAGUUAUAUCAUUCUAUCGAUGACAUUGCCUUAGUCGGAAAACCUUUACUUGAUUUUGAUAUUGAUGAUGAAGAGGACGAGAACUCUGGAAGUUCCAGCGAUAGUAGCAGCUCUUCAGAAGAUGAAAAGGAAAGCGGCAGCAGUUCUGAUAGUGAGACUUCAAAAAUUCUAACUACGCCAAGUGUAAGGCGAAUCGCAAAAGAAAACAAUGUCGAUUUGAAUAAAGUUCAUCCAACUGGAAAAGGUGGGAGGAUUUUAAAGGGCGAUGUUCUCGAAUAUCUAAACUUGGUUCCAAAAGGAACUCAAAAACCUCAUCCAUCAUUGAAAGAGAGAGAAAAAUCCGAAUUUGAAGUGCCUCCGCCACUUACAUCUCGCACAGUUAUCUCGCCUCUUGAACACAGAAUUGUUCGAUUGAAAGGCGUUCCUAAAGUUAUGUACAAAUCAAUGACGGAAGCUCUAAAAAUUCCCCACUUCUCAUAUUCCGAAGAGGUUGACAUGUCAAAACUGGUAUCCGUACGUGACGAAAUAAAGAUUGAAGCUCAAUCCCGAGGAAUAAAAAUAACUUACAUGCCAUUUUUCAUCAAAGCUUUAAGCGUUUGUCUUCAUAAAUAUCCAAUAUUGAACAGCUCAUUAGAUGUUGAGAAUGCUUCGAUUAUCUAUAAACCAUAUCAUAACAUAUCUAUUGCCAUUCAUACACCAAUGGGUUUAGUUGUUCCAAACAUUAAAAAUGUUCAUGAGAAGUCAAUAUUGGAAAUUUCAAAUGAAGUCAUGAAAAUACACGACAAAGGGCUGAAAGGUGCUUUAACUCCCGAAGACUUCUCUGAUGGCACUUUCACUUUGUCUAACAUUGGGAUUAUUGGCGGGACGUAUACACAUCCAGUCAUCAUGCCUCCACAGGUAUGCAUUGUUGCAAUCGGGAAAAUCAAUGUGCUUCCUCGCUUUGACGCUGAUGGCGAGCUUGUCAAAGCGCAUAUCAUGAAAGUAAGCUUCUCAGCUGAUCAUCGUAUCAUCGACGGUGUAACAAUAAGCUCAUUUGUCAAUUUAUGGAAACAAUAUUUGGAAAAUCCAAAUCUCUUCCUUCUUGACGGGCACUAA